AGGCUGUUUACACACAGAGACGGGGAGUUUGGAGGCGACAGGGAGCGAAUUUUAUACUACUUGGACUUUCUUGGACAAGUUUUUCCGCUUUUAGAAGAAUGCAAGGAUCCCACUUGUUGCUUUAAACUACUUUACUUUGAAGCAACGACCGAAAGAACCAGCAUCGACGUCGUGGAUUCAGUACAGCGUUGUUGUUGUUGUACUAGAUCACUACCAUUAAGAACUCUACCAGACCCCAGCGGAGGACAUCCGGAUUAAAAUGGACCACAGCUGCGGAUCCAGAGCCGAAAUGCUGGCCGAAGUCUCUGCUGCAGCCAGUUUUGUGUCCAGACUGCUCCGGUCCAGGGGCUUCCUCAGCGAAAAGCAGCUUCAGGUGUUCAGAGACUGUCUACAGCAAGCGCUGUCCGAACACUACCAGCACCACUGGUUCCCAGACAGGCCACAGAAAGGUUCAGGCUACCGCUGCAUCCGAAUCAACCACGAGAUGGACCCCCUUAUAGGCAAAGCGGCCUGCCGGAUCGGACUGACCAGCAGCCAGUUGUUCUCCCUUCUCCCCCGUGAACUGACCUUGUGGGUGGACCCGUACGAGGUGUCGUACCGUAUCGGCGAAGACGGCUCCAUCUGCGUCCUGUACGAGGCCGAACCCCCGGCGCCCGCACCGUCGCCGUUCGACCAGACUCUGAGCUGCAAAAACCGCUUUAUGAUGGGCGGCCGCACGAGCCCUCCCAAAAACUACCUGAUGACCGUCUCCAGCUAAGGAGCGCGGCAGGAGACGGGCCGAAAGCUGGGCUCGCGUCGGUCGGCCUUCAUCAGACAGUUUUGUUUGUGUUUAUUUGUUUUUUUUUAUUUUUAUUUCCAUGGGGCUUUGACAUUUCUAGACAUUUCACGCUCAUUUGAAGCCAAAUUCUACCCUCUCGACUUUAAGUUCUGAAAAUCUAAAGCACUGCCUAUUUAGUGAGGUUCCUGUUAGGAUCUCUUUACAUGGACCACUUGAGUUCCUUGCACUGUUUUAAGUCAGUAUCUGUACUUGUACUACAAUCUGGCAACACACUGUGACCCUUUUUAGCAUAAACCUACCCGCAAACACUGGUGCUGGCAGACGUCGCGGUGCAAUAACGAGCGUUCUGCCUCUCGCGAGAAUGUAAAAGCAAUCAGAACCGGGCGAGAGGUGCUAGUUUAGGUACUAAAACGUUUCAUUCAGACUCUGUGCUGCACAGAAUGACCGCCGACGUUGUGGGCGCUGCUUUAAAGGACCUUACAAGGAAAAACUCUCCAGUUUCUGCUGCCUUAACGACGGUGUCACCACCUCCUUAACGUCGAACAAACUGCCAAACGUCUUAACUCUUAUUGUGCAAUAUGCAGGGUGUUCCAAAAAUACUUGCUUUUGGUUUAAAAUCUCAUUUUUCCCCCCGUUCUCUCUCUCUCCCUCGUCCUGAGUUGUUGUGAUGUCCUGAAAUGAGUCUAAAGCUGUGAGGUGAUUGGUUGGUCGUUGUCGGCUCCGUGAGGCCUGUUCUCUUCGCCAGCGAGAGAGACGCACUCGUCUCCUGUAGCAUUUUUCUCACUCUCUCUCUCUUUGGGCUGCUGAGCAGCCCGUUGUUUACUGUUUUAGGCAGAGACAGUGUAGUUUGUAAGCUAUUUGAAGCACAGUAUGCUUUUAAUGUACAUUUUUUUUUUUAAUGAAUUUGUGCAUAUAUAGAGAACUGUACAGUUUUGUGCGAUUUUUAUUACAAUAAAAAAACUUUAUGAAUGAGA